UGGUUCGUGGCGUUGAGAGAGCGAGAUGGAGAAGGAGGGAGGGGGAGGAGAGUGAGGAGGAGACCGAGAACCCACUCUGCGCUGCUGCUGUGCUGUGCUCUUGCGGGAACGCCAACUUCUCCUGCUCCUUCUCCCACUGCCCCUCGCGCUCCACUCUUCUCCGCUCCUCGUCAUUCCGGUCUCGUCUGUGCGCUGGCUGCCUGCUUUGCCGUCUUCCUUGCUUCCUGGCUCUGCUGCUGCUUAGGGCUCUGCCUUCGAGUCCGGUCUGUGUUCGUCGUCGUUGCUCGAUCAGCCUCGAGCGCCUGGCCAGAUUUUUCGAUCGCUCUCUCCGAUUGAUCUGAUCUUGGCUAUGGCGCAAUGGCGCCUGCCGAUCCCCUCACCCCAGAGCAACAGCAGGUGUUAGAGCUGACGCGACUGGCAGGUCUCAACAUCCGCGAUGACAUCUUUGUAAUUUUGUUGGAGUUGAUGCAAAGUGACGCGACGCCCAUGUUGGUCCUGCAAGUGCUGCGAUCGCUGGCUGGUGUUGCUCCUCAGUCUAGUCCUCCUGCCACCGCAUCAGCCAGAUCUUCAUUUUCUGGCCGCUUCACCUAGGUGCAGAUGAGGUUCUAAUCGAAAUUGUCAAUAGCUAAAAAAUUUAGAGGGUCAUCAUGACGGGUGCCGCAUCGGCAGUGUUUUUAUUGGACAUGAAGGGUAGAGUUUUAGUGUGGCGAGAUUAUCGUGGCGAUGUUUCUGCUGCGCAAGCUGAGCGCUUUUUCAGCAAGCUCAUGGACGGAGAGACGGACCCAUCCUCCCACGAACCUGUUGUUUAUGACGACGGUGUCACAUAUCUAUUUAUACAGUACAACAACGUGUACGUCAUGACUGCCUCGAGGCAAAACUGCAACGCAGCCAGCCUUUUGCUCUUCCUACACCGUGUUGUUGAUGUGUUUAAACAUUACUUUGAGGAACUUGAAGAGGAGUCACUGCGGGAUAACUUCGUGGUGGUGUAUGAGUUGCUAGAUGAGAUGAUGGACUUCGGUUAUCCUCAGUACACUGAGGCGAAGAUUUUGAGCGAAUUUAUCAAGACCGAUGCGUACAAAAUAGAGAUGACCACGCGACCUCCAAUGGCUGUUACAAACGCUGUAUCAUGGCGAAUGGAGGGAAUCAAGUACAAAAAGAACGAGGUAUUUUUAGAUGUGGUGGAAAGCGUGAAUAUUCUGGUGAACAGCAAUAGUCAACUUGUUCGGUCCGACGUUGUCGGUGCUUUGAAGAUGCGCACAUACCUCAGCGGAAUGCCAGAAUGCAAACUUGGUCUGAAUGACAGAGUGCUGCUUGAAGCACAAGGUCGAGCAACCAAGGGGAAAGCAAUAGAUCUGGAUGAUAUCAAAUUCCAUCAGUGUGUGAGACUUGCCCGCUUUGAGAACGAUCGCACCAUCUCAUUCAUUCCUCCUGAUGGUGCUUUUGACUUGAUGACAUAUCGUCUUAGUACACAGGUGCGGCCACUGAUCUGGGUCGAAGCCCAAGUCGAACGUCACUCUCGAAGUCGAGUAGAGUACAUGGUGAAAGCACGCAGUCAGUUCAAGGAGCGGAGUACCGCCACAAACGUGGAAAUUGAGUUGCCAGUCCCAUCAGAUGCUACAACGCCAGCUGUCCGCACGUCUAUGGGAUCGGCCGUCUAUGCUCCUGAAAGGGAGGCACUUCUGUGGAAAAUAAAAUCUUUUCCCGGUGGAAAGGAGUACAUGCUGAGGGCUAAGUUCGGACUUCCAAGUAUAGCUGCGGAAGAAACUUUGCCUGAAAAACGGCCACCCAUCCGAGUAAAAUUUGAAAUUCCUUACUUUACGGUUUCAGGAAUUCAGGUGAGGUAUCUGAAAAUCAUAGAGAAGAGUGGAUAUCAAGCACUUCCAUGGGUACGCUACAUCACCAUGGCCGGCGAGUACGAGUUGCGGAUGAUCUAGAUCAUUUUCAUUAAGUUGCCUUACAACCACUGCAGGAGGUUCAGGCCUUCAGCCGAUAAACUCGACUAGAGCAAUUGUACCAGCUUCCUUUUAGGCAUGCCUCGUGUCAGAGUUGGGUGACUACUGAUAGUAGCACUACGGAAGUAAGGGUCGGUGCUGCGAGUAUACUACCGUAGGUCACGUACUCAUUUAGAUCAGGUCCCGGAUGUAUGAUAUGGAUGGGACGAGUAGUGUCACCGUUUGUUUAUUACGUCUACCAGAACUUUCAUGUGAUUACAUUUUAAUUGUACUGAAAAGUGGUAUUUGAGUAGGAUUUCUACAUCCGUCUGCACACUUCACUUCCAGACAUGACGACUUUUGGCUGCCGAUAUUGCACCUUUCUCUACCCAUCUUUCUUUGUUGUCUGCUGACGACAGUACCUGUCGAAUUGAUCAUUUUUUGAAUAAAACAAAAGUUUCAC